CUCUCUCCCUCCUGCAGCAGAGACACCCCCCUUCCCCCCUCCAGAUAACGCGGGAGGCGAAUAAAGAGAGUGAGCAGGUACAGACAUCGUGGUAUCCCUACUACCCGGUUUAGAGAUUAAUCACUUAAUCAUUGGUCUGACUUUUGUCCCUGAGGGGGAGAUUGACAAUGCAAUAGACUGAUAACUAGUAAUUAAGAGUAAAAGACAACACAUGUUUUACUUCCCACUAAUCUUACGUAGACAGAUACACAUGCACAUAUCUGUUCCAUAUAUUUACUUGCAGGCAGAUGCCAAACGUGACCAAGAUAUACCACGAGCAUAUUCUCCUGUACAAGCAGACACGCAGUAUACCCAUCAUUCUCAAUCCCGUGCCCAAAACCCAAGUCCCUACAUCUACCAUGUGCAUACCCAUACACCCUCCCAUAAUAUGUAUAGACGGCGCCAUGUAACAAAGAGACAACAACAACACCCUCAGCCCACUUCCCCGGACGUAAACCUACACAUCACACACUUCAUCGCGCAUGUUUCACCCUUCGUACCGCGUACAAGCAGGCCGCGGUCGUGUAGCAUUCGUGUAUAA